AUGCGCACGCGUGGUGCUGGCAGGAUACAGCCAGCCGUAAGAGCAUCUUUGCCAUCUACAUCCGGGUCGCAGCGGCCCGAAGCCUUUAGCCUCUCCUUGAACUUCCCUUCGCCAUCCCGACGUCUUCCCUGGCUUCCGGUUCGGACGGCCAGUUCCGGUUUCCUGCCCACACUUCCGGGCGGCGCCGCCGGUUCCGGUGUGGCAGGUUCUUGUAUCCGCCGCCGCUGCCAGUCGGGACUCCGUUCCAGGGCCGUGGAGCCUGCGGUGCGGGGACCCCGACCGAAGGCCGACUCCGCGGCUGUCCCGCGGGCUCCCUGUGGAGAAGAGCGGGAUGGGAGGGAAGAGGACGGGACCUGGGUGUUGGUGAGGCGGACUGGAGAUGCCGGGGGUGGCUCCCCUACCGUCCGCCCGCCCCAGGGCCAAUGCGAGCCUCAGCUCCCCCCUCACAGUCAAGUUGUUUCCCCAUCCUUCCUGUUUGAAAGCUUCCUGCCCUCCCGCUUCAUCUCACCCCAGGCCCCCACCGCGUCCAGCUUCCCCGUCACCCCCUCCAGUUCUAUUCCUGGUCUUUUGACAAUAUACUGCUUGAUCGCAUGCUUCAGGGAUGUCUCUUUUCUUCAUAAUAAAUGGGGUGGACAGGAAUAUUCAAUAACCACACUUACCGAAGAAGAUACGGUGCUAGACCUCAAGCAGUCCCUCAAGACACUUACAGGAGUGCCAGAACGCCAAAAGUUGCUUGGUCUCAAAGUUAAAGGCAAACCUGCAGAAAAUGACGUUAAGCUUGGAGCUCUCAAACUGAAACCAAAUACUAAAAUCAUGAUGAUGGGAACUCGAGAGGAGAGCUUGGUAAAUAUGUCUUUAGGUCCACCACCUGACAAUGAUGAUGUUGUCAGAUUUGAUAUCGAAGAGGAAGUAGUUGAAGUAGAAAAUAGGGAAGAAAACCUGUUAAAAUUUUCUCGAAGAGUUAAUUACAAAGUGGAAAUUUUGAAUCCUCCCAGGGAAGGAAAAAAACUUUUGGUACUAGAUGUUGAUUAUACAUUGUUUGAUCACAGGUCCUGUGCAGAGACUGGGGUAGAAUUAAUGCGACCAUAUCUUCAUGAAUUCUUAACAUCUGCAUAUGAAGAUUAUGACAUAGUUAUUUGGUCUGCUACAAAUAUGAAGUGGAUUGAAGCUAAAAUGAAGGAGCUGGGAGUAAGUACAAAUACAAACUAUAAGAUCACCUUCAUGUUGGACAGUGCUGCUAUGAUAACAGUACAUACACCAAGAAGAGGCCUAAUAGAUGUAAAACCUCUUGGUGUUAUAUGGGGAAAAUUUUCAGAGUUUUACAGCAAAAAAAAUACCAUUAUGUUUGAUGAUAUUGGAAGAAAUUUUCUUAUGAACCCACAGAAUGGAUUAAAGAUAAGGCCUUUUAUGAAAGCUCAUCUAAAUAGAGAUAAGGAUAAAGAACUUUUAAAGUUAACCCAAUACCUCAAGGAAAUAGCAAAAUUAGACGACUUUUUGGAACUGAAUCACAAACAUUGGGAAAGGUAUCUCUCAAAGAAGCAAGGGCAGUAAUUCUAAGAUGCUUUGGCAUUUAACUGAAGAUAAUUGAGAUCUAUGGACCUUUCCUUGCUUUUAUGCUAGAUAUUAUGAUAAUAGUGCUGGACACUGAAGCAAAUACCAGACUGACUGACUGACUGCUUAUACUUGGUCUUCCAGUUUUUAAAUUUUAUUUUAUUCUGUAUUUUUUUUCCGAAGAUCACAGCAAUAAGCUAAAAGAAAAAAAAAUGUUUCUUUUUCUUAUAUACACUUUGUUACUAUUUAAAAAUAAUACCUACUUCCCGACUGCUUCCAAGGUAUUAUUGUAAAUGUGUUUUCUCUGCCCUGCCCCUCCAUGGAGGAAAAUAUAUUUAGCAAUUUUCCUAAUGAUGUCAUUCAGUAACUUUGGAAACAACUUCAGGCUUUAGGUUUUUGUUUCACUAAAUCUCCAAAGACCAAAACCUAUCUUGAAACUGGAAAGCAAGGUUUUAUUUUAUAUUUUUAAGACCAAAAAAUUUGUGCAGGGAGCCAAUUUUGGUAUUUUAAAAAAUUACCAAGAUUCUCCAUCCUUCUGUCUUAGACACAGUUUUCCUUCUCUGUUCUAAUAUUUAGGUUCCUAAAUACAAACUAUCUCAUUUUGGUUUGUAUUUGUGUGGCAGUGUUUCUUUGUGUAAGACUGGAAGGCACCAGCCCUAAGGCAAAUGUGCCAUAUUGGGAAGAGGUGGAUUCCUGGAAAAUAAUUACUGACAAAAUAAAUUUGAAGGGAAAAAAGUCCAGCUAUAUUGGAUGGCUAAGUAGAAGCAUUUCUGCCUAAAAACCAUUGUCAUAAGCAGUUUAAAAGCACUAAAUUUCAAAUAGGACAUGUCAAAGAUUCAUCCCUAAUAAAGCAUGAACAAAAGUCCUUGUUCUGUUCUAGUUAAAUCUUGUCCAAGUGCAAACACCAUGUCUCAACUGAAAUACCUAGUCAUACAGUUUUCAAAAAGUCAUUUACUUGCUUUGCUUAAGCCUGCACUAUAGAAGUGUGAUGUGACUGCUGUUUUGCGUUAUUGACAGUGUUACAUUAUACAGUUCUUGUAUUUGAAAGAAGUCCGAGCCUUUCAAAUAAACAUGGUAUAUAUUGUUCUUAAGGGACUAUAGCAGUGGUGUAAAUAAUAAAUAACUUUUCUUAAAACAUUGGAUAUCUGUUAUAUGUGGUCUUAUGUGUUUUGCCUUUUUUGCUAUAUUACACAAAAACAUCAAUUAAAUUUUUGUGAUUUGAA